GUUCUUCAGUAUGCUUGUGUCGAUCGUAGGCGACGGAUGUACAUUGUCGUGCACGCGUUCCUCUGAACUCGCAUGCUCCGGAUAUAUUAAUAACAAGAGACGAAACACGCUAUUUUAGACGAAAAUAAAUUUUAUCUCACGACAGAAAUUAUUUUUUAUUAAUCCCGAAAAGUGAAUUCUAAUUCGCGUUCUACGUUAAUCAUUGAAAUUUACAAAAAGUGAAGUUUAUAGAAUGCGUGUGUGAAACGAGAAGAACGUAUUGAAUUAAUGGGCCAAAGUGUAAUUUAAAUUGAUAAAAUGUGUUAAUUAUAAUAUAAUAAAAAUUUUGGUGGUUGUGUUCGAAAGUUAAAUUAUAAAGCAAGGAUUACCCAGAUCAAAAUGAAAUUGCUAUAGUCUUUAGUAAAAGAAGAUGAAUUCUCUAUAGAGUGGAAGCAUCGAUGAACUAGAGAGCAAAAGAAUUCGACAUGUACCUCUUACGAAGAGGAUGGUUUCCUGACGUGUCGUAAAACUGACGCGAGAUGAAUUGUACUCUCCACACGUCUCGUUCCGCCAAAUCACAAAGAUGCAUAUGAACAUAUAAAUCGUACUCUCGUCGAAUUUUCAUAAAGAGUAAUAAUUCUCGCGCCGAGAGAAUCGUUCGACUUCCGCGAUGACGUCCAUGCUGUCCGGGGAGGAGAGCAACACGGCGAGGAUGAAGCAAAAGCUGAUGAGGGACGCGCCUGCGAAGGAGGAGACGAGGUCUUUCCUCAACUUCUCGCGGGAGAACCUGAGCAUCUCGCACUCCGACCUCGAGCAGGGCUUCAACCGAUCGCGGCUCCUGAGACCGAGCAGGACCACGAUCCUGAGCGUGGCCGCCCUUCUGGCCGUCGUUCUCUGCCUCGGCCUUCAGAGCUGGAAACUGUUGUCGAACACGCGCAAAAUCGAGCAGCUGAGAAGAGACGUCGAUAUCCUGAAGCAUCGGUUUCUGGAGCAGGAUCUCAUGAACGAGUUGAAGGCCUUCGAGGAACAGCUAUACGCCGAAGAGUCUACCGAGGAUAAUGAUCCAGGCGAGGCGGACAUUGAUAACGCCGAUUACGACUCUAAUUACGACGAUGAUGGUUCCGCAUCGCACGACUAUUCCGGCGACUACCACACUCCGUUGACUUACGGCGCCAGGUCGUCGGAUUUCCUCGACGUUACGACCACGUCGAUACCGAUACCCACGUCCCCGGACCCCGGCGCCAAUGAGGACAUGGUCAAGCUGCUGGCAGCCUUGCGCAAGGUCGAAGCGAAGCACUUCGAGAGGAACGUACGAGAGAAUCACAAAAGUAUCGAGCGGGAGCGUCCUAAGGGAGAACACAAAAGGCAAUCGAGUCACGAAGAGAAGACGAGCGACGCAAACAGCACCAGUCACAAAUCCGAUGUCGUCGUCAGGGAGGCCACGAGUUUGGGAUACGUCAAAGAGAGUGUCAAAUCGAAGCGAUCCGUGAAUGAUGGUUUGACUGACAACCCCAUGAGAGACGCAACGAACGAAAGGCGACGUAAUAACGGAAGAAUCGUUGUAUCCAGAACGCGUUCUUAUGCGAGCGGCGAGAGCGACGUGAACGACAAUCCUGGGACGGAAUCACCACAUCCCCCGAAAAAGUAUCACGCUCUGGAGACGAUUCCCUCGGCGCGCCGUGACCGAAACGAGGAGACCACUCAGCCUGACAGUUAUGGGAGCGAUAGCACGGAAAUUGCAGACAACAGAAGAAUCAGCUGGCGAAGUCGCGACGUCUCGGGCAACAGAACCGAGAUUCGCCGGCCCGUUCAGAACCACGAAGUGGCUGCACGGGAAUAUCGCCGGAGAUUGACUCGAAGACAUUUGCGUGCACCACGGCAGGUUUACGCGAUCCACUACGGGGCGGACAGCAGCCUCUUCUCGACGCAGGACGAGCACACCGGCAACGGCAGGGCGCGGCACUACAACGGCAUCUUCAGGGCAUGGCAGCCGAGCGAGUGGGUCGCCGAUCUCGGCAUGAGCAGGCACUUCACGCUCGCCGGCGACGGCAAGCUCACCGUGCACGAGCCGGGAUUGUAUCUGGUGUACGCGCAGAUCCACUAUCUGGACGAGCACGACGAGAACGGCUUCCACAUGCUGGUGAACGGCAAGCCUAUUCUGCAGUGCAUGGUGUACAGCCCGGGUAUGGGACACAAGAGCCGCUCGUGUUUCUCAGCCCAAGUGACCGUUCUUCAGGCAGGCGAUCACUUAAUCCUGAAAGAUAUCGGAUCAGCGAGAUACACUCUUUUCCAGCAUGAUAAAAGUUUCUUCGGCUUAGUAAAAAUUGGUGAACCCAGACAGCAACAGAGACAUCCACCGACACGCCAGUAAUUUUAAACGCUGUAGAAUUAUCAGCGCUAAAAAAGUGAUAUGCGAUUUGUAGUCAUUGAUUUCCUCUAUCUUUAAAAGUUAUCUGUGAAUUCACACAAUUUGUAAUAUAAUACAUCUAAUGUAAUAUAAUACACUUGCGGGUCAUACUGUUUCUUAUUGUUAGUAUAAAUUUGUUUUGUAGGCUGCAUGAUCUUUACUGUAGGAUUUUUUUAUAUUUUACUAUUACGUUAAUUAUACUUGCUACGAAUUGCCACGAAUAUGUUUAAUUAAUAUUAAAGGUAUUAUAAAGUAUUAUAUACGUAUAUACGACAGACACUAUAGGUAUAAAAUA